GUUUCGCACUAAAUUCGCAGCAAAAUUCCGUGCACAGACCAAGUGUGGCCCCUGUGGCGGUGCAUCACACAUUGGCUGAGUAAUUUUCGCUAAACCUCCUUCACACUCUCAAAGUUCGUCUCACCCAACGUACCUCCACGAACCGAGAUCUACCACAUCCAGACCUUACUGCAACAGCGCAAUCAUGGCUGUUGGCAAGAACAAGCGUUUGUCGAAAGGCAAGAAGGGCCUGAAGAAGCGAACUGACCCCUUCGCCCGGAAGGACUGGUACAACAUCAAGGCUCCGUCAACCUUCGCCAGCCGAGAUGUCGGAAAAACCCUCGUCAACCGCACGACCGGUAUGAAGAACGCGAACGACGCCCUCAAGGGCCGGAUACUCGAGGUCUCGCUCGCCGAUCUCCAGAAGGACGAGGACCACAGCUUCCGCAAGAUCAAGCUCCGCGUGGACGAGGUGCAGGGCAAGAACUGCCUCACCAACUUCCACGGGCUUGACUUCACCUCCGACAAGCUGCGAUCGUUGGUCCGCAAGUGGCAAUCGCUGAUCGAGGCCAACGUCGUGGUCAAGACCACCGAUGACUACCUCCUCCGUCUCUUCUGCAUCGCCUUCACCAAGCGACGACCCAACCAGAUCAAGAAGACCACCUAUGCCGCGUCAUCACAGAUCCGGGCCAUCCGAAAGAAGAUGGUCGAGAUCAUGCAGCGGGAGGCCGCCAGCACCACGCUCAAUCAGUUGGUGCAGAAGUUGAUUCCGGAAGUCAUUGGACGUGAGAUCGAGAAGGCCUGCGUUGGCAUCUAUCCUCUUCAACACGUCCACGUUCGCAAGGUCAAGCUCCUCAAGCAGCCCAAGUUCGAUCUGGGUGCGCUGCUCACGCUUCACGGCGAGGCAAGCACGGAUGAUUCUGGUCAGAAGCUCGAGAAGGACUUCAAGGAGCGUGCCCCUCUGGAGAGUGUCUAAAAAAUACUGGGACGGGGUCAAUUGGGUUGGCCCAACUGGUAUCAAAGGGCGUAUCAUGGACUUAGCAUGCCACGGUGUUUUAUCAUAGCUGAAAAGCAGGGUCUCUGAAUCGAAGAUAUACGAACUACGCCUGUGAAGAUGUGAUAUUGCAACCGGAUACUCCUCAAUCCUGGGUAUGGCCUGAAGUCUUGGCCUAUUCUAUCUAUAAAGUUACAAUAAUAGUGCAGGACUCCGCUGGCGCCAGUGAGCCCAUCGACCUGGGAACAAAUCAUUCCUGUUGCAAGAACUCGACCACGG